AGUCCCCAAGUACCAUUACAUACCGCCAAAUAUGGAUGAUUUAUACUAAGCCUUAAUGAAAAAUAAAUAAAUAAAUAAAACUUCUGACAUUUUGCCCGUGAAGCCAUUCACAAAAAAGAGCUCUGUAGUCUGAGAGGUAAAAAGCAACAGAGAAGAGCCACUCAAUAAGCCAUAAUAUUCAUCUCCUGCCACCCCUCUUACUCAUUGUCCUGUUUCUCUCUCUCUCUCUCUCUCUCCUCCAUACCAUGGAGAUUCACUCUCUGAUUUCAUUUCACCAAAACCAACGGUCCUGAUUAACUGGGGUGUCCUCUUCUUCAUCUUUAUUCCCCCAUUUCUCUGCUAAGCUAAGCAAAUCCCAAGUUCCAUAAACAAACACAAUCCUUUUUUCUUUUCUUCCCAAAUGGGUGCACAAAAUCUCUCUGUAUUUCCACUUGUUCUAGCAAUUACAUUCACAUUGUUCUCGCUCAGAGGAGAAUCAAAGACAAAUUGGGGAGAUAUCCAAGUCUUGAAAGAGUUCAAAAACGAGUUGGAUCCCGACUCAGUGAGUCCGGGGUCGUGCGUAAGCUCAUGGGACUUCAAACUCGACCCAUGCGACAACCUCUUCAGCGACAAGUUCACGUGCGGGUUCAGGUGCGACUCAGUGGACGAGUCAGGAGCGAGUCGACUCACCGAACUCGCCCUCGACCAGGCUGGUUACUCAGGCUCACUCGCUUCCCUCUCCUUCAACCUCCCUUAUCUCGAAACCCUAGACCUUUCCAACAACUUCUUCUCCGGCCCAAUCCCCGACUCGCUCUCGAACCUGACUCGGCUCCGGCGACUCGCUCUUUCCGGCAACUCAUUCUCCGGCCAGAUUCCGGCGACCGCCAUUAAAGCUCUAUCGAGUUUGGAAGAGCUCUUCCUGGAUAACAACCGGUUGGAGGGCGAAAUUCCGGGGAGUCUGAGAGGUUUGAGUAGCUUGAAAAGGCUUGAGCUUCAGUCGAAUAGUUUCUCCGGCGAGUUUCCCGAUCUGGGUUCUCUUCAAAACCUCUACUUCUUGGACGCGAGCAACAACUUCAUCUCCGGCGAAAUCCCGGAGAAUCUCCCGCCCUCUCUAGUCGAAAUCUCGCUCCGAAACAACAGCGUGGGAGGGAAAAUCCCGGAGGGUAUAAAACGACUGUCGUUUUUGCAGGUGAUGGAUCUGAGUCACAACCGACUCGGUGACUCGGUCCCUUCGUUUCUGUUCACUCACCAGUCUCUGCAACAACUGAGUCUCUCCUCGAACAGAUUCUCGUCCGUACAUCCGCCGUAUUUCCGCGGCGUUGUCGUCGAGAGCCAGCUCAUAGCUUUGGACCUAAAGGACAACGAAAUCGGCGGGUUUUUGCCGUCGUUUUUCGCCCUUAUGCCGAAGCUCUCGGCGUUGUCUUUGGAGAACAACAAGUUCACGGGGAUGAUCCCGACGCAAUACGCCGUUAAAACGGUUUUUCCCAGUUGGGGAGUUUCCCCGUUCUCGAGGCUGUUGUUGGGCCGGAAUUACUUGCUUGGGCCCAUACCCGGCCCGUUAUUGCAGCUCAAACCCGGUUCGGCCCAUGUUGAGCUCACCGGUAACUGCCUGUUCCGGUGUCCCGAGAUUUUCUUCUUCUGCCAAGGCGGUGAGCAGAAAUCUUUAUCCGAGUGUAAAGCCUUUGGACCUAUAAUUCCUUGAAAAAAAAAAAAAAAAAAAAGAUAAUAUUUCUUUUUGUUUUUUUUUUCCCCCCGUCUUUUUGUAUGUUUGUUGCGGUCAAUGUGGAACUAAGUUUGUUUUAUAUUUAGUAAAGAAGAUCUUUUGUUGGA